UAACGUAUCACAGCUGGAGUGCUGGAACUAUCAAAUUUAAUAGUAGUCUGUCAUAGGUUAUUCAUGAAAGUAGGUAUCUAUCAUUUAUUUUAAUGAAACUAAAGAGAGACAUUGAGCGGGGAAGUAUUUUUGACCUAAUAUUGAUAACCUCUGCGUAAUUUUAACAGCAUUCAGUGAUAAGAAUCCGAAGUUGUACUAAUUAGGAAUUUUAAAAUUAUAUUUUCAACUCUAAUGCAUAUUAUGAUCGAGUUUAUCACAGUUGCUAUGUACCUAAUAUCAACUUAUCUCGAUAAUAAACAUUUGACAAUGUUAAGCUUCAUAUUUCUCGUGAGAACUGCACUAUUAGUGACAUUAGAUGUAUUUAAACUGUUGUGUUUUCAACAGGUGGUACUUACGUAAUAAUAUAUAGUGUGACUACGACACAGUUCGAAGAACUACAGAUACAAUUUCAAAAGUGGCUCUGACAUUGACUUUAAAUAGUUUGCGCGCGAAAAUAUCAUCACGUCAAUUAGUGCGUUCGGAUACGUCAUCGGCAUAAUAUUUUUUUUUCUUAAACUUGAAAGAGUCUGUAAAGUUUGGAAUAAGAAGUUGUGUCCGUACUCAAUGUGCGAGCGAGUGCGAGUGAUAUAGCGCGCUUGUUGUGGUGCCCGUGGUCGGUUGUCGUGUCGUGAUAGGUGUUGCGGGGCUUCGCCAAUGCGGCGGCGGCGCGUGCAACAUGUCGCCGCCGCGGGCGCUGCUUGCGGCGCUACUCAUAUGCCAACUGCUGUCGUACGGUGGCCACCAAGGACUCACCAAGAUAUUUUACACGUUACCUGACACUGGACAGCCUCCCGUACUUAUUACGCUAGCAGAUACUGCCAAAUUGGAAUUAAAGAAUCCGGACGAACUUUUGUUUAUGAACGAGUCUGAAAAACAUAACGACACAACAGCAUUCACUAUCAUAGACAGUGAAGAUUCAGAUCGAGAUAGUAAAGCGGCAAAAAAUGAAGUCGAAAAGGAAUCCACUGAACCACGACUAGUUGUCAAAGCAAAGCCUAUGCAUGAAGUGAGACUAAUCAAUGAUGCAUUUCAAACCACUACCCCGACUAUAGAGGAUACUAAAGAAUCUCAGGUAGAAGAACACAAGGAACCAGUAAUAGAAAACAUUCCAGUCGAACCGCAAACUCCCCAAGAAGAUAUACCUUCCUUCUCAGAGUGGGCACAGAAGCAGCUAGCUGAGGCAGAGAAAAAGGACACCGUGCUAAACCACUCCAGUCAACCUAGUCAUAGUAAUACAAACUUUAGUAGUAAAAAUACAAAAUUGCGAUCCAAGAAUUAUGCCUCACUAGCAUGCGGCGCCAAAGUAGUUGCCGUAAACCCUGAAGCAGGUUCAGCCAGCUCUAUACUGUCUCCGAACAGAGACGAGUACAUGCUUAAUACUUGCAACAGUCGCAUUUGGUUCGUCGUAGAACUGUGCGAGGCUGUUCAAGCUCAGAAAAUUGAAAUCGCAAAUUUCGAGUUGUUCUCCUCGAUACCCAAAGACAUCGCCGUGUAUUUCAGCGAUCGAUUCCCAACACGGGAAUGGACCAGCGUCGGUCAGUUUACAGCCAAAGAAAUAAGAGAUGUUCAAAGUUUUGAUUUGUUUCCACAUUUGUUCGGAAAAUUUAUUAAAGUUGAAAUGUUGUCUCACCAUGGAUCCGAACAUUAUUGCCCUAUAUCGCUGUUCAAAGUGUACGGUACAUCUGAAUUUGAAGUUUUGGAAAAGGAAAACUCCCAUUCCGCUCAUAUUGAUGAGGAUGAGGACGAUGAAAUAAUAGACAUUCCUGACAUCCCUGCCGCAGAGUCGGAACCAUCAAAGAAUCUUUUUGGAUCAGCAAGAGAUGCCGUCAUGUCGAUUAUGAAGAAAGCAGCACAAGCUUUAGUUAAAUCAGAAGUUCCUAAAAAUGUGUCAAACGAACACAACCAAACGACUAUAAACAAUACGUACAAACGGUGUUGCUCUCCCAGCCAUAUUAUUGUUUGUGAUAAUUGCAGUGAAUCGCUUUAUAAUGAUGUGUAUGAAUUGAUUAGUUGUAGUUCAGACAAAUUAGUAAGUUUAGUACGCCAGGUUUUCCUGCGAGAGACUUUAAAGUGCACAGGGAUCUGUCAGCCGUUCGGUUUGAAUUUCAAAAGUACAAAGACAAUUGACUUUAGCGAAGAGCGAAUGGCUUACAUAAACGCUUUAUUUCCCCAAAAAUACUUAGCUGCCUUAUGUAAUAUUUUAGCUAUAAAAGAAAAGAAGGUCGUUUUAAACACCAGUGAUGAAACAGAAUCAAAUGUUACCACUAACAUAACAAUCGAUGAAUCGCCACCAAAACUUAAUAGCGUAAAUACCUCGGAGCGAGAGAUUAAAUUGGUGUCAAACGAGAAAAAUAUUUCGACUAAUGAUAUUGUUAAUGAAACUUUAGAAUCAAAUGUUAAAACCAGUGCAGUUGAACAAAUCAUUGAUAAGGAUAAUAGCGCACAAGAACCCACUAAAGAGGAGAAGGUUAAACUUGAUGAAAAUAAAGAGGAAGCAACUCUGGCAGUAGAGGAGAAGUCCCAAGAAGAGCAAACGGAACCCAUAACGCAAGAAACAGAUAAAACAACUGAAAUCACCCCAGAAAUAGAAAAUAAAGAUACUUCAAAAACUGAUAACAAGAUUGUCAAGCCAGAUCCAACAACAGAGAAACCUAAAGAUGCUACCGGGAAUGGGGUGGAUGAAAUAAACGAUCAGAUAAUUAUCGACAGUGAUAAUUUCAUGUCUGAAUUGGAUCAAAUGGCGGUAGACCCUAUUCCGCCGGGAACACCGCCAACACAGAACCAAAAUGCAGCGCAAGCGACACUACAAAAGGAGUCUGUUUUUCUGAGACUGUCAAAUAGAGUAAAGACGCUAGAACGCAACAUGUCACUUUCGGCGCAAUACCUGGAAGAAUUAAGCAGACGCUAUAAGAAGCAAGUGGAAGAGAUGCAAAAAACAUUUGAGAAAACCAUACAGCAGAUGACAGAAGAGCGCCGUAAAAGCAACGAGAGGGAACAAAGGUACAUGGAUCAAAUGACUAGUUUGCAAGAACAGCUCAGCCAAGUGGGUGAAGCAAUGAAACUGCUCAUGGAAGAAAGGGACAGUUGGUUCGGAAACAUGACCUUCUUCAAGUUUGUCACUUUCCAACUUUUAAUAGUCGGUGUCGUAUUCUAUUACAUCACAAGAACACGUAGGAGAGAUCGCAUAGUGACAGCGGUGUCAAAGAAAUCAAAGAAGAAGCAAGAGAAGUUCAGGAGAAAGUCUGUUGAAGGAGUCAGUGGGCACGAGACUCCGUCGGCAAAAAAGCGACGUCCAAGCGAAGAGGCAUUACAGAUAGCGCGCCAGUCCGCUGAAGAGAUGAGCAAGGACGAGGAUGAGGGUGAAUGGCAACAGGCCAAAAAGAACAGGCGAAGGAAAACAUCUAUAGUUCACAGAAACGCCGAGACUGAUCCCUUACCCAUCAAUUGGAGACGACAAGACAGCAUCGGAAAGUUGCAAGAGAACCCGAUACUUUUAGAUGAGGAGGAAUUCAUCGCGCCCGUAUCGGAGCCAAAAGAAUUUAACAAUACUGGAGACGCGAUCCCAUCAAAAAAAGAAUUCCCUAAAAGCAACGGUUCCUUUUUCAACAAUUUGAAGACCAAGACGAUGAAGACGAGACGGCUCUCGUCCCCUGCUUUCCUACGUACGUUGAGCAGGCAGAGCACUAGGAGUACUCCGAGCCCGGUCGUCAAGAACUUAGAGCCUAUUUUCAACGGAAGAGUCAGUAAGAAAGCGGCAUCGGAAUCUCCUACGGGCAGUCUGUGGUCGGAAUCCACGGAACUAUCGCAAAACGGGCCGCAAGAUAACGAAAGCAGCGGUGGAAAAAAGAAGAAAAGCAUAAAGAAUAUACUGAGAAAAGUGUUUUGAGGAGUGUGGUGAUUUUUUUUUAUUGUGUGUAUCGAUUUAAUCGCUUUUGCGUUAAGAGGACAGCUAUCGUAAUUUAUUAUUUCAAUGCGAAUAUUAUAUGUAAUGUUUUUAAAUUAUUGUUAGACCUCGAUAGGUGCCAAUUGUGAUAUAUUAGGAAGCCUAAUUUGUUAGCAUGUUGUUUUUUGUGACGUAUGCAUGGAGUGAGUUUUAAGAGGAAUGACAAUAGCGUGGCAGAUGGACGGACUAUUUGUCUAGUCGUCGAGACCGGACGCUUAGUAAUUAAAGCAUAAAAUGCAUUAAUA